AUUAGCGAUGCUCGGUUGCAGCUCAGGCACCGAAGUUUAGUGAAUGAGUAAGGCGAGUGGCAUUCUCGGUGCACAGCAGGAAUGCCUUUCCAUAGACGAGCCGUGUGAGCGCUGCAUGGACAGAGGAGGGUUGUGGGUAAACGAGGCUGUCUGCGUGCGUGUUGAUGUCAGAGGGGAGAGAGAGGGAGUACUUGGAAUUGGAAGAGUAUGGAGGACAGGAGGAGGUAGUUACACCAACUGACAUCAUGUAGAAACAAAUUACAUUGAAAAGUUGAGAGGAAAAAAAAAAGGGACUUUUCCUACACUUGAGGCGCAUCCGUCUGUGCCCGAAGGGAUCGCGCUGAACUACAAGGAAGGCGAUCGGCUUCUUGGACUGGUUUCUCUCUGCGAGGAUGUGGACGGAGUUUGCACUUUAUUCUGUGGAAAGGAAAGAGGGGUGGAUUUUUAAUGCUCCGGGUUGUUUUUGAACUGGAGAAAUUUGAAAUUGACGGGAGAGGCAGACCAGACCGCUCAAAAAGGGGGGUGGAGGUGGGGAGGGUGAAGAAAACGCCCUGUUUCUGAUAUUUUACUAAGUAUUAAGUUACUUUAUCGCGCCGGCAUAGUAAAUAACUCAUUAAAAAUGGAACGGGAACUUUUGCUUUCGUUGGGCUGAAGGACUUUCCGAUACACGCCGCGGUGUUUGUGGAAGUAUUACUUUAUUUCUUCUUGGGAUUUUUUUUUUUCCCACCCUGUGCAGAGCGAGUCUGAAGUUUCCCAAGGCGGCCUCUCUGAGGCUUGCUUUUUAGGCCCACGGGCAUUGCCCGAGAACAAAAAGACGGAUCCGAGAGGAUCUUCAUGUAAACCGACUUUUUAAAGAAAACGGGCUCUCAACGUUUCUGCAAAGGGACUGACUUUGAGAAAGCCGUAAAAAUGUCGGCCGGGGCGGAAAGGCGGAUGGAAAACCGGCUGAAAAAACUGGAAGCCAUGAUCAAAGAUCCUAGAUCUCUGAUCAACUUGGAAAGUUUACUGGAUUCCAUGAACGCCUUGGUUUUAGAUUUGGACUUCCCUGCCCUUAGGAAAAACAAGAACAUAGAAACAUUUUUAAACAGAUAUGAGAAAGUCACGGGGAAGAUACAGGACCUGCAGAUGAAAUCGGAGGAUUACGAGGUGGUCAAGGUGAUCGGAAGAGGCGCUUUUGGGGAGGUCCAGCUGGUGCGCCAUAAAGCGUCUCAGAAGGUUUAUGCAAUGAAGCUUCUUAGUAAAUUUGAAAUGAUCAAGAGGUCAGAUUCGGCUUUCUUCUGGGAAGAAAGAGAUAUCAUGGCUUUUGCCAACAGUCCCUGGGUUGUCCAGCUGUGCUGUGCCUUUCAAGAUGACCGGUAUCUCUACAUGGUGAUGGAGUACAUGCCAGGGGGAGACCUUGUGAACCUCACAAGCACCUAUGACGUGCCUGAGAAGUGGGCCAAGUUCUACACGGCGGAAGUGGUGCUCGCCCUGGAUGCCAUUCACUCCAUGGGCUUCAUCCACAGAGACGUGAAGCCUGACAACAUGCUGCUAGACCGCCACGGUCACCUCAAGCUCGCCGAUUUUGGCACGUGUAUGAAGAUGGACAAAACAGGCAUGGUGAGGUGUGAUACUGCGGUGGGAACCCCUGACUACAUAUCUCCAGAAGUUUUGAAGUCCCAGGGAGGGGACGGAUACUAUGGCCGAGAGUGUGACUGGUGGUCUGUGGGAGUCUUUAUCUUUGAAAUGCUCGUUGGCGAUACUCCAUUUUAUGCCGAUUCUUUGGUGGGAACGUACAGUAAAAUUAUGGAUCACAAGAACUCUUUGAACUUUCCGGAUGAUGUUGAAAUCUCAGAAGAUGCCAAAAAUCUUAUCUGUGCCUUCUUAACCGAUAGGGAGGUGCGGCUUGGACGCAGUGGAGUGGAAGAAAUAAAACGCCACCCUUUCUUCAAGAACGACCAGUGGACCUUUGACACGAUACGUGAGACUGUAGCCCCUGUAGUGCCAGAGCUGAGUAGCGACAUUGACACCAGCAACUUUGAUGAAAUUGAAGAUGACAAGGGGGACGUGGAAACCUUCCCUGUCCCCAAAGCCUUUGUUGGGAACCAGCUGCCUUUCAUAGGAUUCACCUACUUCAGGGAAGAUCAGUUGCUAAGUGACUCAAAUCCGUCCGCUGUAGAAAAUGAGCAUAGAACAUCUAUUAAAGGGGAGGACAGUGUAGCGUCGGUCCAGCUACAGAAAAAGCUUCAUCAGUUGGAGGAGCAGCUCAAUAAUGAAAUGCAAUCCAAAGAUGAACUGGAUCACAAGUGCAGAGCUGCCUGUAGCCGCCUUGAAAAAGUCUCUAAAGAGCUGGAUGAAGAGAUUACUUCCAGAAAACACCUGGAGUCCAGCCUGAGACAGCUAGAAAGGGAAAAGGCUCUGCUGCAACACAAGAAUGUAGAAUACCAAAGGAAAGCCGAGAAUGAGGCAGACAAGAAACGAUGUCUGGAAAACGACGUUAACAGCUUAAGGGAUCAACUUGAAGAUUUGAAAAAGAGGAACCAGAACUCGCAAAUAUCAAAUGAAAAGAACAUACAGCUACAAAGACAGCUGGAUGAAGUGAAUUCAUUGUUGCGCACCGAGUCGGACACUGCAGCCAGACUCAGGAAGACCCAGACGGAGAUGACUAAACAAACCCAGCAGCUGGAGUCAAACAACCGCGAGCUGCAGGACAAAUGCUGCAUGUUAGAAAACGCUAAACUAAAGCUCGAAAAGGACUUCAUCAGCCUGCAGUCAGCCCUGGAGUCUGAGAAGCGGGAUCGAAACCACGGAACAGAGAUCAUAAGUGACUUACAAGGGCGAAUUUCUGGUCUGGAAGAUGAGCUCAAGCAUGUGAAAUGUUCGUUGUCCAAAGCAGAGAUGGAGAAGAGACAACUGCAUGAGAGGCUGACUGACUUUGAGAAGGAAAAGAGUAACAUUGAGAUCGACAUGACCUACAAAUUGAAAGUGCUACAGCAGAGCCUGGAACAAGAGGAGGCAGAGCACAAAGCUACAAAAGCUCGACUUGCUGACAAGAACAAGAUUUACGAGUCCAUAGAGGAAGCAAAGUCCGAGGCAAUGAAAGAGAUGGAAAAGAAACUUCAGGAGGAAAGAUCGUCGAAGAUGAAGGUGGAGAACAUCUUGCUGGAGGUGGAGAAACAGUGCUCCAUGCUAGACUGCGAUCUCAAGCAGUCUCACCAGAAACUGGAGGAGCUUCGGAGGCAGAAGGAGAAAUUGACGGAAGAGGUGAAGAAUUUGACUCUGAAGAUCGAGCAGGAGACGCAAAAGCGCAGCUUGACCCAGAACGAUCUUAAGAUGCAAAGCCAGCAAGUCAAUGCGCUGAAGAUGUCCGAGAAGCAGCUGAAGCAGGAGAUCAACCACCUCCUGGAAAUCAAGCUGAGCCUGGAGAAGCAGAACAGCGAGCUGCGCAAGGAGCGCCAGGAUGCAGAUGGGCAGAUGAAAGAGCUGCAAGAUCAGCUGGAAGCCGAGCAGUAUUUUUCGACCCUGUAUAAGACCCAGGUUCGAGAGCUAAAGGAAGAAUGUGAAGAAAAGAACAAACUGUGCAAAGAAAUGCAACAGAAACUUCAGGAACUGCAGGACGAGAGAGACUCGCUGGCGGCGCAGCUGGAGAUCACGCUGACCAAGGCGGACUCGGAGCAGCUGGCUCGCUCCAUCGCAGAGGAGCAGUACUCCGACCUGGAGAAGGAGAAGAUCAUGAAGGAGCUGGAGAUUAAAGAGAUGAUGGCCCGGCAUAAGCAGGAGCUGGCUGAAAAGGAUGCUACCAUAGGAUCGCUGGAGGAAGCAAACAGGACCUUAACCAGCGAUGUGGCCAAUCUGGCCAAUGAGAAAGAAGAGCUGAACAACAGGUUGAAAGAAACUCAGGAACAACUACAGAAGGCGAAGGAAGAUGAGCAUUCGAUGGCACUGACGAAGGUUCAGUUUGAGAAGCAGCUACAGAGCGAGCGAACACUGAAGACGCAGGCUGUCAACAAGCUGGCGGAGAUCAUGAACCGUAAGGAAGUCCGGGGCGGAGCGAGCAGGCGAGGGAAUGACACGGAUGUGCGCAGGAAGGAGAAGGAAAACAGGAAGCUGCAGCUGGAGCUGCGCUCCGAGCGGGAAAAACUCAACGGCACCAUCAUUAAAUACCAGAAGGAGAUCAAUGAGAUGCAGGCGCAAAUAGCAGAUGAGAGCCAGGUGCGCAUUGAGCUGCAAAUGGCUCUGGACAGCAAGGACAGUGAUAUCGAGCAGCUCCGCUCCCUGCUGAACUCCAUGAAUGUUCACGGUUUAGACUCGGCAAGCAUUGGCAGUGGGCCGGAUUUCGACUCCGAUGAAUCCUACCCCGUUCGCAUCACUCAUUCCCACACCUCGGAGUCCAUGUCUUUCACCUACAAACGCACCUCUGCUUCUGUCAGCAUUGACACUAAGCCUUCCCGGUCCCAAAUGCUUUUUGACUCUGAUUCUGACAUAGAGGAAGAUCCUGAACCCGAGGCUCUUACAUAUGUUCCAUCAGAACCUGAGAUAACAGACACAACGAGGCUAGAAGGCUGGCUCUCGUUACCAGUGAGGAACAACACCAAGAGAUUUGGAUGGGAGAAAAAGUAUGUUGUUGUGAGCAGUAAGAAGAUCCUCUUCUACAACAAUGAGCAGGACAAAGAGCAGUCGAACCCUUAUAUGGUAUUAGAUAUCGACAAACUUUUCCAUGUCCGACCUGUGACCCAGACAGAUGUAUACCGAGCAGAUGCCAAAGAGAUUCCAAGGAUAUUCCAGAUCCUGUAUGCAAAUGAGGGGGAGAGCAAGAAAGAUCAGGAAUUCCCCGUGGAGCCCUUGCCUAUAGGAGAAAAGUCAAGUUACAUCUGCCACAAAGGCCACGAGUUCAUCCCCACCCUCUAUCACUUCCCUACCAACUGCGAGGCUUGCACGAAGCCCCUGUGGAACAUGUUCAAGCCGCCCCCUGCUCUGGAGUGCCGCCGCUGCCACAUCAAGUGUCACAAGGAUCACAUGGACAAAAAGGAGGAGGUCAUUGCACCUUGCAGAGUGAACUACGACGUCUCCACAGCGAAGAAUCUGCUGCUGUUGGCCAACUCGCAAGAGGAACAGCAGAAGUGGGUCAGCCGGCUGGUGAAGAAGAUUCCAAAGAAGCCGCCCGCGCCAGACCACUUCUCCAGGUCUUCACCCCGAGCUUCCAUGAAGGUACAGCCAAACCAGUCCAUCCGGCGGCCCAGCCGGCAGCUUCCCCCGAACAAACCAAGAUUGCUUGAUUUGGCCCUUAAAGACUGGGAUUGGUCAUUUGACGAUGUUGAUGAUGAUGAUGUGUUUGAUUUCUGAAGAAAUUAGAAGGGGUAACAGAGCUGCCUUGCUGGUGAAGUUGCAGUGAUUUGAGAUGCAUGCUGUUCUCUGAACCGUGCAGGUGUGCCUGGAUAUGGAAGAGAAACAGUUCAGGUUUGCUUUUGUGUCAGAUAUCUGUUUUGUUCAUUCAGUUGGAUUUAAUUUCAAAAUAUAUUUAAAACUUACAGAGAAUUAAAAUUAAAAAAUAAAAUUCAUUACAACUAUAAAUUAUACUGAACUCACGUAGAGACACUGAUCACUUCCAGGCACAACUGUACUUCUUCCUUUGUUAUGGAAAGCUUUAUUAUUACUCAAUUGUAUUUUUGAAGUUAUCUUAAAUUUUCUUUCUCUUCAGCAAUUAACCACGAGCUUUCUGGCUUUCCAUUGUCCUAUCUCUUACUCUCAUUUCUUUUUCAACUGUGUGACCUUAAUUGGAAAGCAAACAAGCCUUGUGUACCUGCUGCUUUGUUUUGAACAGUGUGAAAGUUGCUUCUUCAGUGCGUACUUGCACAAGGCUAUGGUUUUAUUAACCUGCAGGCUCCAGCAAGUUUAGUUCCUUUUAUAGUCGUUCUAGAAAACAUGCCUACCUGUACAAACACCAAUAGCUUAUAGAAACCUGUUGUGAACUAACUUAGGCCUUAAUUAAACUUGCUAAAGCUUGCCAAGAAAAGGAAUGUGCCACAAGCAUUAACUGGUUUCUGUCUUAACUGGAUAAGACAGACUUGUAUGACAUUCAAGUUGUGCUUCUGAGUGGCUUUUAAAAACCUUGCAGUGAUUCCUAGGCGUUCAACAUUUCCCGGUGUUAAAAGGUUUGAGUCACUUACGGUAAGUACAAAGUCAGUUAAAGAUGAUGUGUACACAACUCUCAAGAUCCUGCUAGCCUGAGCCUUUUUGCUAAUUAAGUGUUUGCAGAUCUUAAAUAAGGCUACGUUUCUAAGGGUCAGGCAGUAAUGAUUGGACCGUGGCAGUCCACUGUGUUGAGCUGCCAUGGUCCAAAGGCAUUAAACUGUAGGUCUGUGUUAAAUCUCUAUUGACACAGUGUUUUAUGCUCAUCACAGCCCUCCCAGGCCGGAACCUCCACGGAUUAAAAGGGAAGAAUCCAGCAGUGGAGACUGAUUUUUUUUUUCUAUUAAGCAAAUUAAUGUUCUGUAUUUUGUCUCCAUUUUAAAUGUAGUUUUACAAUAAAACAUGCAAUAGAGAGGACUGUGUAGGUUCUUGUGGUGUGUACUUGCAGAUGCAUGAUAGAUGCAAUGUUAAGUGCAUGUGAAAGAGAAGUUCAUGUGCCAUUUGUCUGUGAAUCCCUUUUUGCAGUAAUCUGUGUGAGAAGCAUGCUAGGAGUUUUAGAGUAGUAUAAAGUCUGUUUUUUGGAGGAGAUGCGGGUUUUGCACGUGCCGUACAAUGAGAUAUAGGUAAAGAUCACAGAAAACAGUGGAUUAUAGUAGAAGCAAAAUAUUAAAGGGUGAAGUAGAUCCUGAAAUAAUUUCAGUUAUCUUGCAUCCCUUUUCACAGCAGAGCUGAGAUUUUAAAUAAACUAUGAUGUGCACCAUUUUCCCUAUUUGAUUUCAUUUUUGAGAUAUUCCUUAUUAGGCCUUUAAUCUGUAGUGGAGAUUAAUAUAUAGACACACCAUAGUACCACAUACUGUACAUGCUUUAAAUAUACAAUUCUUGGCAUAGGGUUUUUCUUUUUUCAUAAACACUUUGGAUUAGCAGAGUGUGAUAGAAAUGUUAGAAGUAAUGACCUGCAGUGUACAGAUCCAGGAAAUGCACAGUUAUAGAUGAGACUUAAACAACAGACUUCAAAAAUGGUUUUAUAUUCAACAGAUGAAAAUUUUAGGUGGCAUGAGUGUUUGAGUAGAAUUUUUCAGCACCCUAAAACUAACUCGCCAUUCUCUCUUGUUUUUUCAGCUAACUCCUUUUUUAAUGGAAAACGGUCACUCUUCAAGGUGAUGGGUUUCUUCCUUACAAAAAAGACUGAAAUCUUACUUGACAUAUCCCAAAUGCACACUAGUAUAUAUAACGUCUUUAGAAAGACAUCUUUCUACUGUGGUUUACAGCACUAUUCUACAAUAUAGAAAACUAAUCUUCAAGCAAGUGGGUAUGGUCUUCGGCCAGGUAACUGGGUCUCUGGUCUGUAUGGGUGCUUUUCCUUUGUCUCCAUCCUUUAUCUGCACAAGUCUUGGGAAAUGUAUUGCACAGGAUGAAUGGUUUGGUGACUGUCGAAAAGAACAUGCUUUGUUUCAGUCAUGUUUUUUUCCCCAUGACCAGACCCUCACAAAAGAGUUUCAGGCAUGAACUGCAAUAGCAGGGAUCUGCAGUAGCCAUUUCAGAGUGCUUAAUCAGACUGGGGAGAACGCAGCAGAAUGCCACAUCUUCACGCCUUUGGAUAUACAGUUAUCUGCCUUGACUCCACUACAUAAAGAGGGAAAAACAUAGGCAACAAAACUGUUUCAAUAACUUUUUUCCCCACCCAAGAAGUGCAGCUAUUCACUCAUAAAACCACAGUGGUCUAUAUGCAGGUUAUAUGGUAUGCAUUCAAAACUAGCCAUCUGAAGCUGCACGUGAAUAUUUAGCAGCUUUGAUUGUCAGGACAUUACCCCAUUAGGUUAACUUUGUGAGAUCUUGGUUGAAGUUCACUUGUGUAAUGCCUUAAACUGUACUUAAAGUGCUUGCCCAUUCCCAAACAGUGAUGUGUACUUGCAGUACUAUCAGAUAAUUGGUGUGAAGUGGAGUUUGUGCACUAUUUAUAUGCAUCACUAUUACAUCGCUGUAUUCCUAUCUUUGAAUGUAUACCUGAAUAACGGUUUUUAAGAGGAUUGGAAAUACUACAAAGAGCAAUGUAAGAAGGAAAAUGUACAUUUUAUAUCUAAAUUAUAAUAUAAAGGAGUGACCUUAUUGCCCAACAGAAUCCAUUGAAUGCUAUUGUGUAUUGUCUUUAUAUUGCCCUCACUAAGUGCUGGUAUUUUGUAUCUGCCUUCCGUGUAUUCUAGAAUGUUAUUUUAUUAUUCUUGAGAAAAAGAACAUUUUGUGACUUUUUACUAAACCUUCACAGCACAUUUAUAUAAA